GUGAGUUGCCAUUUCCCUCUCCUCGCCGUGCUUAUUUCAACACCUGCACCCAUCACUAUCCAAACCCUCACGUUUCUCUCGCGUCCCCUCGUCCCAGCUCCCAAAGCAAGCAACGACCAACCAAGCAGAAAGAGACAGUCCGAAGCAGGAGCCGGCCAUCCAUUGACCUACUAACUACGCAAUCCAAUCCAAAUCCCGUACCCUGAACCAGAAGCAGCCGCGUCUUCUUCCUCCCAACCCCAUGUGGGGGAGGCUCAGCUAGGUGGCUUUGCCCAGAGCAGGAGGGUCAAAGCAGAAGAAGCGCGAUGCAGUGCUUCCGGUUCGCGAGCUGGGAGAAGGAGCGGGACAAGGAGGAACUGCAGGUGCCUGCACGGUCUCAGUCGGCGCGUUCCAACAGCAGCAUCUCCACGGACCAUGACGCGCGGCGCUCGGGCUCAGAGUGCUGCUCGCUCACCGUCUCGUCGGAGAUCAGCGUCGAGUCCUUCGGCCGGUACCGGCAGUUGUCGCUGCCGCAGCGGCCCAACAAUGACCUCCGCAUCUUCACCUUCCAGGAGCUCAAGAGCGCCACCCGGAGCUUCAGCCGUGCACUCAUGAUCGGCGAGGGCGGUUUUGGCUGCGUCUACCGCGGCACCAUCCGGAGCACCCUCGAGCCGCGCCGAAGCCUUGAUGUUGCUAUCAAGCAGCUCGGACGCAAAGGCCUCCAGGGACAUAAGGAAUGGGUGACCGAGGUGAACUUUCUUGGGGUGGUGGAUCAUCCCAACCUGGUGAAGCUCAUCGGCUACUGCGCAGAGGACGACGAGAGGGGGAUUCAGUUGCUGCUCGUCUACGAGUUCAUGCCUCACGGAAGCCUAGCUGAUCACCUGUCAACAAGAUCACCAAAGCCUGCUUCAUGGGCAAUGAGGCUGAGAGUAGCACUCGACACUGCUCGUGGUCUCAAGUACCUGCACGAAGAUUCUGAAUUCAAGAUAAUAUUCCGUGAUCUGAAGCCUUCAAACAUCCUGCUCGACGAGAACUGGAAUGCAAAACUGUCGGACUUCGGCUUGGCUAGACUGGGGCCGCAAGAGGGAAGCCAUGUUUCAACAGCGGUGGUGGGUACUAUAGGGUAUGCAGCUCCUGAGUAUAUCCAUACAGGACGCCUCAGCAGUAAGAAUGACAUAUGGAGCUAUGGAGUGGUUCUCUACGAGCUCCUCACAGGCCGGCGGCCUCUGGACCGGAACAGGCCGAGGGGUGAGCAGAACCUUGUGGAAUGGGUGAAGCCCUACUCCUCCGACACCAAGAAGUUGGAGACCAUAAUGGACCCAAGGCUUGAAGGGAACUACAGCCUGAAGUCGGCAGCCAGGAUUGCCUCGCUGGCAAACAAGUGCCUGGUGCGCCAUGCAAGGUAUAGACCUAAGAUGAGUGAGGUGCUGGAGAUGGUGCAGAAGAUUGUCGAUAGCAGUGACCUUGGAACACCAGAGCAUCCCCUGAUAAGCCAUUCAAAAGAACUGGCUAGUGAUGAGAAAAAAAGGAAAGGCCUUGAUCUGAAGAGGAGGAUCGCAGAUAUUAAAGCUGGAGAUGGUAGAUGGUUUACAUGGCACAAGUGGACACCCAAGCUUGUGAGAACACAAUGACUCAAAAUAUGGAUGAGAUGUUCCUCGUUAUGACUUUAACAUCCAGAGAUAUUAGCAAAAACAGCAACAGCUGAAAUGCCACUUGAGUUGCUGUUUACCAUACAAUUCAGAGAACAUGAUAGCUAAAAACAGGCGACUUGGCAAACCUAAUGCUAUCAUCACUAAAUAGUUCAGCAUUACAUGUUUUCACAAGAGCUGGAAAAUGAAAACUGAAGCAGUCCUUUUUGAAGUAGAAAUAUUGGUGUACAGUUUAACAUGGAAUUCGCAUUUUUGCUGACUGAAUUUUGAGUUGUUUCUAGUGCCAAAUAAGAAUUUUAAGGAGGUGCAUGUAGCUUAUUGGUUCCUGUGUUUGCAAGAUUUGCACCCUGUAUGCAUCUCUCUGAUGAACUUAAUUAUCUUUCUGCACUGACACAGCUGAUAUGUAAAGUUCCCUUUUCAGUACUAGAUCAAUUGGGAGGUAGAA